AGAAGAAAAAAGCAAUUUAUUUCGUUAGCAAUAAGGUAGUUUUCUGUUCAGAUAUAUUUGUUUUAACUGGUAUAACUUUUUUUAAUUUAAAGGCGAAUCUUUUGAAAAAAUAAUUCCGUCUUAGAAGACGAGAAUUGAAAGAGGUAUUGCAUAAAUACUGAAAGGAUCAUUCUUUAUGCGCCACCCGUUAUAUAUUGACAAUAAAAAUUGGGGAAAGAUCUAUUAACAUUGUGUAUGAAAUGUGCGUGUUUGUUUAUCUUCUUCAGUGAAUCUUCUUCCACACCGUUAAAUUUUAUUGUAAUGGAACCGAAGUUGCACUAAAUUUCAGUUUUAAGUAACUAUACGAGUCGAUCGACAUCACAGAAUGAUACUCUACUAUGUGUGGACAUGCCUUCUGAAUGAAACCAACUUCAAAUGUAUUUUAAUAAUGAAACUACUAGUAUUACCAUAAUACUCUAUGACAUGCGGACUUGCGUUGCUUUUUAUUACAAGUGACAACUCAUUCAGAACUUUUUUUCCAGACUUGAGAGGUUUUUUAAGAAACUAGAGUUGAUCGUGGGAAAUUUAUCCGGAAAUAAGUCAUACAGAUUGCAAUAUGUCCGGCAAAUCAUUCAUCCGGACAUGUUGGAUUCUGGGUGAAUAGUUUUUGAAUGAGUUAAAAAAGGAUUUUAAUAAAUUCGGAUUUCAUGACACUUACUCGUUUAAUAGAAUAUUUUUUUCUUUAGAAAGGCAUGAGUAAUUGACUACUGAGUAAUUGACUACUAACUAAUUGCAUGAUGAACACAAAAUUUAUUUUUCAAAAAUUAAAUAUAGAAGAUUAAGUCGAACGUUCGCACCAUACCGAUAAAUUCGAUCUGUCUAUUUUUAAGAGAAGCUAAUAUUGACGUAGUUUCUACAUCCUUUUUUUUCGUACAGAUAUUAAUAGGACUUUUUUUUUAGAAAUACGUUAUACGAUCCGAUAAAUUACAUGUAGAUUAUACAGCUUUUGUACAGGACGAUACGUCUGUUACAGGCUCAAAAUGUCACAUAAUGACAAUUCACGAUAUUGGAUGCAAUCAUUCAGUUUUUACCGAGUAUGUUUCUCAACCGGAAAUGCGUGGUUUAAAACAACGGGUUGUUUGGGUACAUGUUGAUUUGCCUGGUCAAGAAGAUGAUGCCAGUGAUUUAACUAUUGAAAAAUAUCCAUCAUUGGAUGAUCUUGGAGCAGAAUUAAUCAACGUUGUUGAUCAUUUAAAUAUUCAACAAUUAGUCAUUUUUGGUGAAGGUGCUGGUGCAAAUGUUGCAAUACGAUUCGCAAUGGAAUAUCCGUCCAGAGUACAUGGUGUCAUUUGUGUACAUCCUACAGCGUCAACAGCCGGUUUCAUGGAAACAAUGAAAGAUAAAAUAACAAAUUGGAAACUUAUUCACAAAGGAAUGAACGCUGAUGCCGAAGCUUAUUUAAUAUGGCAUCGAUUUGGACGAGAUGCAGCCAAGGGCUAUGGUGAUAGUCAAUUAUUAGAAGCAAAUAUACGUGAAUUUUCUGAAAAAUUGUAUGGAAAACGUAAUCCAAAAAAUUUGGCAGUAUUUAUGGAUGCAUUUCUUAAUCGAACAAAUUUAAUUGAUAAAUUAGAAAAAUUAACAGUCGAUUGUUUAGUAGCUGUUGGUAAAAGAUCAUCUGUAUUAAGUACAACACAAAAAUUCUAUGAUCGAUUAAAAGAAACUCGUGAUCCUAAACAUAUGGUAAAUAGUCCACUUCUUAUUGUGGAUAAUGUCGGUGAUGUUUUAGGCGAAGCGCCUGAUGUAUUGGCAAAAUCAAUGCAAUUUUUCUUACAAGGCAUUGGAUUAUUAAGUGGUCUUCCGAUGGAAACAAGUCUGGUGGGUUUAGGACGUUUGAGUCGGGCAAUGUCAAUGGAAGAUGCUGAUCGGCCGAGACGUGGUUCCGGUUUACAACCACAAUCUCCAUUAACAGCGUCUUCCAACGAUUCCCCACCAGUUGGCUCGCCACCAAAAUUUUCAUCAUAA